UUUGUCUGUUUGUUUAGGUAUGAGAUCCGAUCCACUGCUUAUAAGGAUGAAGUGUGGGGUAUUGUACAGUACGUUACGAAAGCAACGGAGGAAGGAGAACGGCGUGUACGUACUGUAUGUACAGACAGCAAGCACAAAUGAAUGAAUGAUGAUCAACAAGAACCCCUUUUUGGAUCUUAGCAUCACGUGCUGUCAAUCGGUCAAUCUCGUACUCCAGCAAGCGAAGGCGCAGAAUCAACGCCUAGUCCUCUUAACCUGCGGCAUAUCAGGCUCGGGAAAAUCCUCACUCGCCCUUUCCAUCGUGGAGCAAUACCCGAAUUUCGUAAGAUUGAGCAUUGACAAGUAUAUUUUUGAGAAUCACGGGGUGUAUGGGAGAGAUUAUACAGAGGAUGGGUAUGAGGGGUUGCAGGAGGAGGCACACGAGAGGCCGGUUGGAAGGGAGCUAUUGGGGCAGUUCGUGAGACGGUUCGAGUGGCCGGAUGGAGAGGGGGGGAUUGUUGUUGAUGUUGUUUAGAGUGGUGACUGGGCUACAGGCGGGAGGAAUGUGGACGAGAAGGAAAGAAAGGGGCUCAAUCAGGUCGGAUUCGCCCUCACGAGAUGAGUAUUACGAGGCUUUUAGUGCUUACAUUCAUUUUGUUCUUAG